AUGGCGCCGUCAUGGAUCAAAAAUCGUCUCAUACAAUGGUUAGAGGAGCACCGUGAGAUGGUGGUGUGCGCGUUCUGCCUGCCCGCGAGCUUUUUGUUCACUUUGAUACUGCGUUUAAAAGCUUUUGUGAGAAAACUCAACAGUAACCCACAGAGACAUGAUAGCGCAGUGAGGAAGAUUCAAAAUAAGGUGCAAGAAUGGAACAAACUACCACCAAGCAAAAGACGGCUUCUAUGCACAUCGAGACCCAACUGGCUAUCUCUCUCUACCACAUUCUUCCAGAAGCACCUACACCAUAAAGUCCCGAUACCGUUAUACGAUAUUUUGGAGUUAGACGAGAAAGCCAUGACGGUUAGAGUCGAACCGAUGGCGACUAUAGGGGAUAUAACCGAGUAUUUAAUACCUAAAGGAUAUUCUUUGGCUGUUACUAUUGAGUUGGUGGACGCUACUUUGGGAGGCCUUGCUCUCGGCACAGGAAUGUCGACACACUCCCACAAAGCGGGGCUUUAUCACGAGACAAUCACCAGCUACGAAGUAGUACUAGCAGACGGUACACUAAUGACCGCUACAGCGGACAACGAAUAUUCUGAUUUAUACAAAGCCCUGCCAUGGUCUCAUGGAAGUUUGGGUUUCCUGGUCGCUUUAACCUUGAAAAUCAUCAAAAUCCAACCUUAUAUUAAAAUCAAGUAUACACCCGUCGAAGGGCAGAAGAAAUACUGCGACAUGCUAAGAGAUCUAUCCGGAGCGAGGGAAGCCACUCCUAAAUGCCACCCAGAUUACAUAGAAGGCACAAUAUUUAGUAAAGACAAAGCGGUGAUAAUGACCGGGGAAUAUUCAGACUACGACCGAAAGAUCGUCGUUAAUCACUGUGCGAGAUGGUACAAGCCUUGGUUCUAUAAACACGUGGAAUCCUUUUUAGUAAAGGGUGAACGUGUUGAAUUAAUACCCUUGAAGGACUAUUUGUUACGUCACAACAGACCUAUUUUCUGGGUCGUCGAAGAUAUGAUAUCGUUCGGCAAUAACCCUCUAUUCAGGCUUUUAUUUGGGUGGCUGUUGCCUCCAAAGCCAGCAUUUCUUAAAUUUACAACAACUCCUGGUGUAAGAGCGUAUACUUUCACUAAGCAAGUUUUCCAGGACAUCGUCCUUCCUAUACACGUAUUGGAAAGGCAGAUUGAUAUAGCGAGCGAAUUGUUCGAGAAGUUUCCUUUGCUAGUAUAUCCGUGCAAAAUAAUAGACCACGGUCCACUGUCGGGUCAGUUGGGCCGACCUAAGGGAAAAUAUUUAGUGCCAAACACAAACUAUGCGAUGUACAACGAUUUAGGAGUUUACGGAGUCCCUGGAAGAGUGAAACAGAAAAAACCAUAUAACCCAGUGGAUGCAAUGCGUAAGAUGGAAAAGUUCACGCGCGACGUUGGCGGGUUUUCGUUUUUAUAUGCAGAUAUAUUUAUGACGAGAAAAGAGUUUGAGGAUAUGUUUGAUGUAGCGUUGUACCAAGUUGUCCGGAAGAAGUAUGGCGCGGAGGGGGCUUUCCCGCAUCUGUACGACAAGGUUAAGCCGGAAAUAGAUGUGUUUGCGAUUGGUGAACAAAAUAUUAUACAAAAU